AUGAAAGCGCUGAGGCCCGUCCACCUGGCAUGGUGCUCGCAAUUGCUGCCUCUGGUGCUGGGGAGGUUUUGGAAGCUGUGGUUUUGUGAGUUGUGGAUACUUCUGUUGGGUUCCGGACCGAGUGCCAAUUUUUUGCCGCACGAGGAAGACGUAGACUUCAUCAAUGAGUAUGUGGACCUCCACAAUGAGCUCCGCGGCCAGGUCUCGCCUGGAGGGGCGAACCUGCGCUUCAUGACCUGGGAUGUAGCUCUAUCACGAACUGCAAGAGCAUGGGGAAAGAAAUGUGUGUUUGAACGUAAUAUUCACUUGGAAGAGGUACAAAUGGCCCAUCCUACAUUUAAUCCUGUCGGUGAAAAUAUGUGGGUUGGCCCUGAAAGUGAAUUUAAUGCAAGUAUUGUCAUCAGAAGUUGGUAUGAAGAAAGGAAAAAGUAUACUUUUGACAAUGACAGUUGCUCUGCAGACUGUUCUCAUUAUAUUCAGCUUGUUUGGGACAGCUCUUACAAAGUUGGUUGCGCUGUGACUGCAUGUCCAACAGUUGGAAGUAUUCAACGUGCCGCAAUAUUUAUAUGCAAUUAUGCACCAGGAGUCCAGACUCCAGGUGGAUGGCUUUCAAAUUCUUUCACUUCAUUGCCUCCCGCAUUUCCCUUUGGUAAUGCAGAUCGUGAUCAAGCCAUAUAUUACCAAUUUUGGUAUCCACGUUGGGAAGUACCCCGGCCAAUUGUGUGUGAUCCGCUGUGCAUGUUUGUUUUAUUAGUGAGAUUAGUAUGCUUUCUGAUGUGUGUCAUGAUUGUUUUGAUAGUACAGCCUCAUUUUCCAUAUAUCUUCUUGGAAAAACAGAUGGUAUUUACUCCUGAAGAAUCUGAAGUCGAAAAAGAAAAGGAGGAGAAAGAAAAGGUACAGAAGGAAAAGAAAUCAGAAAGAAAAAAAGAGGAGAGAAAAGAGGAAGAGAAAAUAGAAGAGAAAAAGAAAGAGGAAACAGAAGAAGAGGAAACUGAAAAAGAAGAGGAAGAGGAAGAG